AUGUCUGCUGCGCUGUUGACAGGAUUUUUUGUCCUCUUGGCGGGUUUCUACAUCGCCACUUUCUAUGGCUGCAAGAGGCAGCAGUUGCCUCUUCCUCCUGGUCCUCGACGAAAGCCUAUCAUAGGCAACAUAUCUGACUUGCCUAAUUCGACUGAGAAAGACUGGGAGUUUUGGCUCAAGCAUAAGAAGCUUUAUGGCCCCAUCAGCUCACUCAAUGUCAUGGGCCAAACCAUCAUCAUCGUCAAUGACGCCCGGCUAGCCGUGGAGCUGAUGGAGAAGCGAUCCGCAAUCCACAUAUCGCGACCACAUCAGACCUUUGCGGAAAUGGCGGGCUGGAAAGAUAAAGUCCUAGGAGCAGUAACGGAUAUGGUGCAAUUCCGACAAACGCGACGCAACCUACAUCGCGAGAUCGGAUCCAACAAAUCCGUCGCUCGCUUCAAUGACAUCCAGACGGCGGAGGUGGCUCGGUUCCUGAUGAGGGUGUUGGAUGCGCCGGACAAGCUGGUCCAGCAUAUACGGAAGGAGGCAGGGGCCAUCAUACUCAAGAUCGGCUAUGGCUACACGAUUGAACCGCAUGGUCGGGACCCCUUGGUCGAUCUGGCCGACGUUGCAAUGGAGACCUUCGGCGUAGCGAUGCUGCCCGCUACUUGGGCGGUAGACUUCUUUCCUAUCUUGAGAUACGUGCCCGCCUGGUUUCCUGGGGCGGGGUUCAAGAAGAUCGCGCAAAGCUAUAGGAAGACAGUGGCGGCAUUCAGCGACAUCCCGUACGGAUUUGUCCAACAACAAAUGCGAGAUGGUUGCUUUGUGCCCUCUUUCCUAUCCAAUUUACUCCAAGCAGGUGCUCCAGAGCCAGGGUCGAAAGACGAAAAUACCAUUAAAUGGUCAGCCGGAUCGCUUUACGCAGGAGGGGCAGAUACAACGGUAUCUUCGAUAUCCAGCUUCUUCCUUGCAAUGGCUCUGUUCCCCGAGGUGCAGCGCAAGGCUCAGGAGGAACUCGACGCAGUGAUCGGGACGAAUCGGUUGCCCCAGUACGAGCAUCGGGAACAGCUGCCUUAUACCCACGCGCUAGUCAAAGAGGUCCUCAGGUGGCAUCCGGUAGUUCCGAUGUCACUGGCGCACACGCCUAUCAAGGAUGAUAUAAUCGAGGGUUAUUCUAUCCCGAAGGGAGCGACAGUUCUUGCCAACAUUUGGGAAUUUACCCACAACUCAGAUGUCUACGCAGACCCCAUGACUUUCAACCCAGAUCGAUUUCUGGCCUCCGAGGGGCAUCUCCCAGAGCGGGAUCCUCAUCUGCUUGUAUUUGGGUUUGGCCGGCGAGUCUGUCCUGGGCGCAAUCUGGCUGACGUGAACGUUUUCCUCACCGUCGCACAAUCACUGGCUGUCUUUGACAUAUCGAAGCCCAUUGAAGGUGGGAAAAUCAAGGAUAUCACUGCGGAGUUCCUUCCCGGGGUUAUCAGUCAUCCUGCCCCAUUCAAUGUGUCCAUCCGCCCGCGGAGCCCAGCGCAUCUGGAGCUGAUUCGGGCACUAGAGCAGAAAUACCCGUGGGAGAAGAGUAAUGCGGAAGAUCUGGGAAGUGUGCAGUAUUAGUGAAACGCUGAUAGAGAUGAAUUUUGCAGACGUCGAUUCGACAUGCCAAGUGCCGAUAAGGACAACCUUGCUGAAUGAUGCUGAGAUAGAGCGAGAAGAGAUUAUAUUCAUCUGUGAUCUACCCAGAUCUCUGUAUAUAAUGUUACAAGUCUUCGAUAUGCG